GGAGCCCUGCAGUCCCCGCCGGCCGGUGCAGGCGGCCCACCCCCCGGAUCGCCCCCCGACCCGCGUCCGCCCGCAGCAUGGCCGGCCUGAGGGUCUACAGCACGUCGGUCACCGGCUCCCGGGAGAUCAAAUCCCAGCAGAGCGAAGUGACCCGCAUCCUGGACGGGAAGCGCAUCAAGUACGAGCUCGUGGACAUCUCGCAGGACAACGCCCUCCGGGAGGAGAUGAGAGCCAAAGCGGGAAACCCCAAAGCCAUCCCCCCGCAGAUAUUUAACGGAGACCACUACUGUGGGGACUACGAGCUGUUCGUGGAGGCGGUGGAGCGGGACACCCUGCAGGAGUUCCUGAAGCUCUCCUGAGCCCACCCCCGCCCCCCGGACUCUUUAACCGCCGCCCCUUGCCGCCUUCGGGCUCGGAGGACCCCGGGACCGAGCCUGCCCCCCGACCCGCCUCGUGCCCGGCUCUCGGGGACUGACGUAAAGCCCCCGCCCGCCCCCGCCCGUCCCUUGCCGUUCCCCGGUUUCAGCGGCUCUGCGGCAUCCGAGGCCUCGGAAUGGAGUCGGCGCCGGGGGGUUCCCUGCCCGGACCCCCGGGCGCCUUCCGGGCGGGGAGGGUGCGGCGAGGCGGCAGCCGGAGGGCACAGCUGGGGGAUCCCCCCCCGCAUCCAGGAAGUGGGUUUCUGGGGGGAGGGAACUUAACCCCCCUCAGGUGGGCCACAUCCUGUCUGCCCCCCCCCCGACCUGCCCACCCGCGCCCCUCUCCCACCCCCCACGGGACCACCCGACGCCCGCUCGCGGGCGGCGGCGUCACUAAGUAGCUAUUAAACCGUGCGAGCCUGGCGGCUGA